UCCACCCUUCCCAAUAUUUAUGGAAUUUUUCUAUGCUAUUAAUCACAGCACCUGAAAACAGUGAUACUAGAAACCUCUCUCCCUCCUUAAAAAAAACCUUUUUUUUCUUUCAUUUUCAAUGAUCCUAACUAAUUAAAAUUCACCAUGAAACUAUCCUAUCUUCACAGCUUUCUAAUUCUCUCUCCUAUAAAAACAAAGCUUCCUAAUUUCAUUCCAAGACUUAAAUCUCAAAUCUCUUAAAGACAACUACCUAGUCAUAAACUCAUCUUAAAUCUCUCAACAUAUGCAGCAACAAAUCCAUAAACCCUUUCUUUUUCUUUUGUCAUUCUUCUCAAAACAUGAUGUUUGGUUGUUAAAGAACAUAUCCCUCCUCAAAAAACUUUAGUUUCUUGACCAUAUUUCUCUUUCUCUUUCUUUCUUGUUAUCAUCAGUUUUUUUCUUGAAACUUAUCAAAAAUGGAUCUUUUUCAAAACCCAUCUUCUCAAAAACCAAACAGAAUAGAAACAUCUAUAUGGGUUGCCAAAUUUGUGCUCAUGUCCAUAGGAAUCAUCUCAAUUCUUGUUCUGUUGAAAGUUGCAAUAAUCCCAUACACAUUUGAUCUUGUUCUAUCAACUCUUCCUCAACUUUGGUUCUCAAUAAAAAGAUGGUUAACACUUCCUUUUCUUUAUAUUGUUGUUAACUUCAUCAUCAUCACCAUUGCUGCUUCUUCAAGCUUUUCUGAUCCCAAACACAAAACAGCAACCACAAUUUUAGAAACUACCACCUACCCAAUUGAGCUAGAAGACCAAACAAAUGAACUACAUGAAGAAGAAAAGGAGAUUGAAGAAGUUGUAGAAGAUGAAGAAGAGAAAAGGGUUGUUGAAGUUGAAGAGUGUGAAUUGUUCUGCAACAAAUUCAUCACUGAUCCAUCACAGAAAAAAUGCAGCAAUGAUUACUACUUGAGAAAUUCUGAUGAUAAAGCAAAAGACUUUGGAUUAAUAUGCAACAAACUCAUGAUUGACCCGUCAUCAGAAAAAUGCAGAAACGACUAUAACUUGAUAGAUUCAGAUGAUAAAAGUGGUGAUAUUGAUGACAGUUUGGAAGCAACAUGGAAAGCUAUAAUGGAAGGACAAGAGAAAACAAUGAAGCCACAUCUGAAGAAAAGUGAUACUUGGACUGCAAGGAUUGUGAAGGCAGAGCCAUUUCGUAACAAUGGUGGUUUUGGUGGUGGUGGUGGUGGUGGUGAUGAUUAUGAUGAUCCUGUAGCUUGGGCUCAAAGGGAAUUGAAAAAGUCAGAAACUUUCAGUGAUAGGGCUUCUUUGAGGAGAGAAAAAUCAAUAAGUCCUGAAGAAUUGAAUAAAAGGGCUGAGGCUUUUAUUCAGAAGUUUAAUAAUCAGAUGAAGUUGCAGAGGCUUGAAUCUUAUCAGCGUUUUAUGAAAUUGGUCAACCGCGGUGUUUGAUGAUGAUGUGGUUCAUGUUAAUCUCUCUUUUUCACACCAGUCACAGUCAAAACUUAGCAGAAAAAAUUGAUUAUCUGCAAGGAUUUUAACCACUUUGAAGGAUUUAAUGUGUAUAUAUUUUUGCAACUGAGACUGUGUGAAGAAGCCAGGAGCCCAGGACAAGUUUCAGACAUGGUGGACUUUUUUUCCCAUGUUAAGUUUAUAGUGAUUUAAUAGAAAUAAGUUAGUAUGUGCUCUUUCUUUUGUCUAAGUUAUUUACAUGUUCUAGUAGCUAUUAAGAAGUCUCUACUAUUUCUUAUGUUACUGAUAAGUUUGUAUUGAUCAUGUAGUUAUCCUAGACAUCACUAUAAAUA